AUGAAUUACGAUACUGAUAAAUCGUUCAAGAAAGCAUUACAGUCGGCAUCAAACCCCCAAUUUCAACUAAAUUCAAAAAAGAAGAAUACUAGAAGGAAGCACCGAAAUAGUCAUUUGGGUUGUGGGACUUGUAAAAAGAGAAGAAUCAAGUGUGAUGAGAACUUACCCAGUUGUUUGAAUUGUUUAAAAGGUAAAUUACAUUGUGCUUAUUUGAAUUUAGAUUCAAAUGCUAGAAAUGCUUUAAGAAUGGCGCAAUAUAAUCAAAAUUUAAGAAAUGAUAAAUUUGAAGAUUCCAAUGAUAAAUCUUCAUCGGAUAAUUCUCCCAAUCCAAAUCCAAAUUCAAAGAAUCCAACAAAUUCAAAUUCAUCGACAAAUCUUAGUGGUUCAGUGGGGACUAAUAAUGUAACUCCUCAACUUACCGACCCACAACAACAUUUAAUGGCUCCUGGAACGAAUAAUAAUAAUAAUCAAAAUGUUUAUCCUGUAGUACAGAUUCCAUAUCCAGUAUAUUCUAAUGUUAAUGGGGUACCUAUGGUCCAAACUGUACCACAAAUGGUAACGGUUCCUUUACCAUUAUUACAAUCUCAAUUAAUGAAUCAACAGAUAAUGCAAGGUCAAGUAGCUGCAGCUGCAGCUGCAGGUAAUCAGGGCCCUCCACAAAUGAAUAAUGUUCCUCAAGUAUCUCAAAUACCGAUUCAACAUCAACAUCAACAACCUCCUCAUCAAGGUUCUCAAUAUGGUAUGAAUCCGGUUAUGAUGGGUAAUCAAUUUCCUGUUAAUAUGGUACCUAUGGGAGUUAAUAUGCCAAUGGUUAUACCAAAUGUGCAAAAAUCUCCUAAACCACAAACUAAUGAUCAACUUCAGCCCCAAAUUCCAAAUCAAGCUUCUAAUCAAACAUCUAACCAGAAUUCAAAUAGUACGACGCCCGUUACACUUCAGAGUAAUACUGUUCAGAUAAAUAAUGAUGCUCAAAUCAAACAAUCCUUGUCAUCAACUACGUUGCCGGCAUUAAAUUCUAAUGUUGUAUCAUUACCGGUUCCAAUAUCAACUCCUAUGAGUGAAUCAAAUUCAUCAGAUCCUUCAGCCAACAUAUCGGCCAACAUUUCAAGAGCUUCCGUUCACGAAGAUGAUGUGAAAUUACCUCCGAUUGUUAAUAAUGAUAAGAUUCCAAAAAUUUCAAAGUUAUUGUCAUAA